UGUGUUGAGCAGUCGUUGGGUACGUUUGUUUAAAAUUCUAUAUCGGAUGUGCGAAAUAUUUUGAAAAACUUGUCUGGUUCUUUCCAUUUUUUUUUGCUUGAGUAUAAUAAUAACAAAACAAAAACAUUUUGAUAUAAAAUCGGUUCAUAUAGAGACCCACACUACACUAUUUAUGUACGCGAAGCUCUUCGUGUUUUUUUUUCGUUUCGUUUUAAGUGUUUCGUAUUCAAUGUUUACUGUUGCUCUAUAUGUAAUUUUGUGUUUAUGUACUCAGUUGGCAAAUACAUAAAGUAAGAGUGCAUGUACUCUUUGUACAUAAAGUGUAUCAAUGAAGAAGUACUUGUUUGUGCAUGCAUACUAUAUGAGCAUGAAUCAGAGUGUGUGAAGGUAGAACAAUAAUAACAACAAAUCUAAGAGUAUAUAAACAAAAAAAAAUAAACCGUUUUUUAUGUGAAAGUAUAUGUUUAGCAAAUAAACAGUUAUACUACUAAAACAAACAACAUCAUUAUCAUCAUUAAUAGCAAUAAAAACAACAAUAAUAAAAACAAAUAAACAAACGGGGUCUUGAGAUUUAUACAUGUGUUUGUGUGUAUUACGCAUACAAGAACAACAUCAACAAUAGUGCAUAACUAAGAGAGAGAGAAAGAGAAAAGAAUUUAAACCGUUAUAAAAAACAAAAACAAGAGAAAAAAGCAAAAAACAAAAACAUUUUAAAAUAAGUAAAAUUAUUUAAACAACAAAAUGCCUACUGUUAGACGAUGCUGUAUAGUAGGCUGUAUGUCCAACUCGCGGCAGACUCCCAAUUUACAGUUUUUUCAAUUUCCCCGACCGGAUAAUCCAUUCUAUAAGCUUUGGACUCAAGCCUGUCAGGCGUCACUCAGUCGUAUUUUGCCGUUUAAGAAGCCAGUAGUGUGUGCUUUACAUUUCCAUCCCCAGUGCAUAGGUGGUAGACGUUUGACAGGCAGCGCAGUGCCUACACUAAAGCUGGAGGUGCCCUCUAAUUUAAAGGCUGUUGAACAGCAAGCCAUGGUAGAGGAAAUAGAAAGAAGCCGGCGUUGUGCUUACAUCAAUGCUGUCGUAUACGAAUGGCUGGUUAGGGCCAAUCUUAAUCCCCAACUCAGAGGUUCUAUUACGCAUGGCAUGAUCAAAGAAAAGGCAGAAACCGCCAAACAGAUUAUAGGAUGUGAAUCUUUUAUGGCCGACAAUCGUUGGUUGAAUCGUUUUCGUGAGACUCAUCUUACGGGCUUUGCCCAGAAGUUGGCUUCUAACCAACUAAAACCCAUAGGACCAUCUUUGUGGAUACCCGAUAUAGUUCAGGACUUGGCUCAUCUAUUUCCACCCACUAGUGCGGAGCGUAUUGAUAAUUUUGAAAAUGUGCCCGAACAAUACAUCAGUUAUAUGAAACAGUAUGGUGAAUAUGAGGAAGAAGAAGAUGCCAGUGAACAGGAGCCGGCACAAACUUAUCAACAGGAACAACAAGACAGUGGCUAUGGGCAAGAAUCUAAAAUGGCAGCUCAAUCUUAUUAUCAGCAACAACAGGUGGCACAAUCGUACUACCAGCAACAACAACAGCAGCAUCAUCAUCAACAACAAAAUGGUUACCAUCACUACAACAGUCAUCCCCACCCCGGCAUGCAUCCAGCAGCAGGUUAUAACAGCUAUCAUGAUUAUUACAAUGACAGGCCACAACAUGCCCCACACAAUCCCUAUCAUCACCAGCAGCUUCCACAGCAUCCUCAACAUCCUGCACAACAUAAUGGUGGUUAUGGAACACAUCCUGUACAACAACCGCCACAACAGCCAUCACAACAUCAUCUCGAGCAUACACAUGCUGGUAUGCCUGCUACAGCGCAGCCUCCUCAGCCGGCACAACAAAUCUCACCCAGCUCCCGACCUCCAUCCCAUUCACCGCCUCAGCAGAAUGGUUUAGCGACGGCCGAGAGAAACAGUCCUUUUAGUCCCUCUAGCGCUGGUGGCGUUAAAAGGCCACGUUCCACCGAACCAGAUAGUGAAGCGCCCUCCGCCAAAAGUUCACGCAGCUCACCAGUCAAUGUUAAUAAUUCCAAUGCCAGUUCACCCUCAAGGCCGCCGUCUAAAAGUCCACCUACGGUUGCAGAAAUGCCCAGAGAAACCAAAAAUCAAAAUAACAACAAUAUCGUAGAUAAUAGUUUUAAAAUAAAACUACCCCUUGCAAACGGCGGUGGUGGUGGUGGGGGCGGUAGCAGUAGUGGUGCCAAUUCCCAGCGUUCGUCUACACCCAACUCCCAAGCCAAUAACUUAAAUUCCCGCUCGAAUUCACCCAAAUCACUUAAUGGUCAAACGACCAAUGGCAACACCUCACCCACUCCCAGCCAAUCGACAAAUGCCACAAAAGACCUAGAGACUUAUGCCCAGGCUCUGGAAUAUCUAAAGCCCUUGGAAGAUUUUGCUUUAUUUAAGGAGAAUUUCCGGGCCAUUGGUUUGAUAUCACAACUAGAGGUUAUAUUGAAAAAAGCCCAUAACAAAUCGGCGUUAACAAAAGGCAUAGCAGCCGAAUGAACAAAUUCAACUAAACAAACAAAAGAAACUUUGUAAAUAGUAUUUAUUGUUGUAUUAUUUUAUUACACUCAUUAACAAAUAAAAUUCCUCAAGUCGAAAUCUAAAAGGAUAUCUCCAUUAAUUUUUGAGAAUUUUGUUUAAUAACUUUUGUAUUUAAUACUUGCAGUUUUGGGAUUUUUAUUUGUUAAUAUUUUUAAGUUAUUUUUUUUUUCUAUCUGAAUGACUGAAUUUAUUUUAAAUACAUGUUUAUUUUUUUUCUUUAGUUAUUAAUUAAAAUGUAUAAAAACUCACACAACUACAAAAUAAUCUCAUUAAAUGUUAAUUUAUUUAUUUUAAUU